UCUCGUGCAAUAUCGCGGUAUAUGUAAACUGAAAGCCAACUACAGAAUGCGUGACAGCGAAAUCAGAAGGCAUUUUUGACGUUUCCAAAAACAAAAGAUUGUUUUAGUGUCAACCAGGCAACAUUAAACGUUUCCAUGGCAUCAUCUGAAAGUGUACACUCGGAAGUGAUAGCUGAUGUUGAAAGUGUUGAGGAUCAGCUUAAAUCUAUCAGUAUUAGAGAGUCAAGCGGGACAGGGAAAGAUAUCCAAGAUGUCUCAGGUAAAUCCCAGCCGAAUGCAUCAGUGAGAUCAGGUAAGGACAGUAGUGAUGAUCUGAUGUCUGAUGUGGUUGAUGAUGGAUCAACAAGUAACUCACAAACCACAAGUUUGCAUGGACACACAACCCUAUUGCAUGGAAGUGAGGAAAAUAACUUGGACUUGCAUGCAAAGGGAGAUAACCCCAUUGUGAGUUCUGAUACUAACACUGCUGAUGUAGAAUGUCAGGGCAAUAACAACAUUUGUGUCACAGAUGGAUCACAACCUUGCACUGUUGCAGAGGAAAAUGUAGAUGAUCCCCCUAAAAUAAUGAGAGCAUCUGAGGAGGAAAGUGAAGGAGUGGAUGUGGAAGAAGGCAGUUGUCAGCCGACCGAAGACUCAGUGAGAGCGCAGCUUAAGGAGAAGUCUGAGGACAACAGUGAUGUAGAUGAGAUUGUCACUGACGAUGUCACCACAGACCAAGUUACAGACAAGUCUGCCCAACUUGACCCACAAUCAUCAGAAGAAACAUGCACAGUUACUCAUGGUGUCACCAAGGCUGAUAUCACUCCUUCAACACCUCCAUUGCCCGCUGAUGUUGGACAUUGUGUGAAACCAGAAGAGUCAUUUGUGACUGGGUCAGUUAAGACCACUGAUCCCUCCCUUCCUGGUGCUGAAUCUGUGUGUGAUGGGGAUCAAGUCAGUCCGGGUACAAGGAAUGAAGAAGGUGUUGAAUCUGUGUGUGAUGGUGAUCAAGUCAGUCCGGGUACAAGGAAUGAAGAAGGUGUUGAAUCUGUGUGUGAUGGGGAUCAAGUCAGUCCGGGUACAAGGAAUGAAGGAGGUGUUGAAUCUGUGUGUGAUGGGGAUCAAGUCAGUCCAGGUACAAGGAAUGAAGAAGGUGUUGAAUCUGUGUGUGAUGGGGAUCAAGUCAGUCCAGGUACAAGGAAUGAAGGAGGUGUUGAAUCUGUGUGUGAUGGGGAUCACAUCAAGUCCGGUACAAGGAAUGCAGAGAGCGGUGAAUGUAAAGGAGAUGUAUCAGCCAUGAUUGGGACUGAAAUCAAAUCCGAAUCUCAAAAUCAGAGUAUUUCUGACAGUCAUUUACUUAAGGACAGCCAGCAGCCAGUCUGUGUUCCUGACACAAGUGAAGUCAGUGCUUCUUGUGACACCAAGAUGGAUGGCACAAGUAUUUUUGCUGAUGGGGAGCACAAUGCCAAAGAACAUUUGGAAGAUAACACAACUGACUUGAGACAAACCAAGUCCACUAAUAAUGACCAGAUAAACAGAACAGAUUCUGCAAAACAAAUUCAAAGUGAAAUACCAGAAGAGUUUACAUCAGAGAUGGUAAGUGAAGAAAGACAUAACGCUUGUGGAGAAGAUGAAUUGGAAGAAGCUUCUGCAGGUGCUAAUAGUGGAGAUACUAGACAAAAGUCUGCAAGUGAUGUCAGAUCUGUUUCACCAGGGAAAUCUGUCAGGAAAAGGCUUGGUAGAGGGUCAAGGAACCCUCCAGGAAUGGGUUACAGUAGUCUGUUGAGGAAGACCACAGAGAAAGGUGGAGACUGGGAAGUGGGAGGGGAGGUGGAGGAACAGGGAUGUGAUGGGGAGGAACAGGGAAGGGAGGAGAAUGCAGCAGGAAUUACUAGACCAGGAAAAAAGAACAGAAGGAAGAAAAAGAAACAGAACAAAGACUUCCCUGCGAUCGACGCAGCUGAUGAGGAGCGUGUGGAACAACUUCAGGACUUUGAUGAUGGGAGUGUAGAUGAGGACCCAGGUGACCUGCGGCAGCAGGGUGGCAGGACAAAGAGGGACAAGAAAAAAUUCAACAGACACGACAGGCAAGAGAGAAGGAGAGAAGAAGACAUACUUGUAGAACAAGCAAUGCCAUAUUUUAAAAAUGAAUGGGAUGAUGUUAACAAUUCACGGAGUGUUCAUUAUGACAUCACUGGAAUGCCAGGCCAGUUUAUGGAUGAUGUUGAUGAUGAUGACGAUGAUGAUAAUGAUAAGGGGAAACAGAAUAAGAAACAAAAGAAGGAGCAGAGGUCGUGGAAGAGGUCAAGUUUAUGAUGAGGGUGGCAGGAGAGGAGGAAGAGGAAGGGGGCGAGCACGGGGGUCAAGGGAAUUCAGGAGGACAAGGACAGAUAGAUCCGAUUCCUC